UCGAGAUGACCCGGGGGCAGAAUGCGAGUCAAAGACUCAAAAAGGUACAAUCUGAGAGAAGACGAAAGACGGAAGGAACGAACAAUGGAUCCUCGGAUGUGGCGCAAAGUAGCCGCCGUUUCUGGAAUGGCCGCACUUGGCCUGGGCACUUACGGGGCUCAUGUCUUCAAGCCUCAAAACCCUUCCUACAAAGAGGUGUGGCAAACGGCCUCUCUGUACCAUUUGGUCCAUACUGCUGCUCUUGUUUCCGCUCCUAGCACCAAAUAUCCCAACAUCUUUGGUGGCUUAUUGACUGCUGGGAUUCUAGCAUUUUCCGGCACGUGUUAUAUGGUAGCUUUGUGUGAGGAUAGGAAGUAUGCUACCUUGGCACCAUUCGGAGGCUUUGCAUUCAUCGCUGCCUGGGGAAGUUUGCUUUUCUGAGGAUUUCAAAUCAAACUUGUGCUGCUAUAUGCCUUAUGGUCAGCUUUCCGUGCCUCUGCCAUUUUAUCCUAAAUUCGAAUUGUCAAGUUAUUCUAAGAGAUUGAUAAUACUUUGAAUUAUGAGAUAAGUUGUGUAAAUGACCAGAUGGAUGGAUGGAUGUUGGAUUCUUGGUACAUA